AUGUGGUUAGAUGGCCCCGGCUUUGGCGGCGUCGUUACUUCUUCGGUUAGCAUCGUCGGCGGUGGUGGCGGCGGCGGCUCAACCACCGGUUCCGCCGGCAUCGGUCCCAUACACUCCGCCGCCGUCGCCGUCGGCAUCCAGUCGCUGGUGCACCUGGACCAGGAGGACCUGAGCAGCAGCAGCUUCAGUUCGGCCAGCCGUGCUUCGCUCGAUCUGCAGGCUUCCAGCUCCGGCUCGCCGACCGCCUCGUACAGCGGCGAAAAUCUGCUGCACUUUCACGGCGGAGGCGGAGGAGGCGGUGGCAGUGUCAGUGGCGGCUCCGGAUCCAGCGGCGGACCGCCGCGCAAAUCAACACCGGCCGGGCUGCGUGCUUCUCCGUCGCCAUCGCACCGCUCUUCGUCACCGUCACCGUCGCCGUCGACAAAGCGAACCACAACGGGAGAGGGCAUCAGGGAAGCUAGCAGGCCUGCUGCAGCAGCAGCAGCAGCAGCAACAGCAUUGGGGGACGUUUCCGGGAGGCACCGAGAAAGCAAAACGACAGCAGGUGAUCACACAGUGCGAAAGGAUGGAAACGGAAACGAUCGGCAAACCAUUGCUGCUACUGGCACUGGUGGUGGUUGCGGUGGGCAUGGCAGUCAUGAUGGCAGUGGUGAUGCUGGCAACACUGAACGUCACGUGGAUCUGGUAACGGGGGUAAGCGUGCGAGUAUUUCAAUGGGUCCGAGGGAUGAACUUUGGAUGUCGACGGAAGGAUGGUAUUGAGGAAAAACGAUGA